CUGCAGGAGAUGAAAGGCGGGCGCGGUUUUUAGUGGAGAUGUUCUCAGGUGCUUCAGGUGCGAGUAUCCUCCGCUGGAUUCCACGUGGAGCUUGUAAAACGUUCCUUAAAAGCUCCCAUCUGUUCCUGGUAAAUAGCAGGAGAAGUGGGACUCCUGCAUGUGAGAUGUGUGUAGAAGGAAAGUGACACCGAGGCGCACAGAGCGCAGAGAUCAGGUUAGAGACAUGCGCCGCAACAGAACAUCUCCAAACCGCAUUCCGCAUUCUGAAAUCUAAUCCGGGGACAUCAGGAUGUGUGACAUAAUCCCCAAGCCAUCUGAAAACUGCACUCCUCCAAGCGGGGCUCCGGGGGUGGUUUGGAGAGACGUGGAACUGGGUUUUACUCACUGUUUGCUCUCGCUGGGAUCUUUAAAAGAGGGGCGGACACAAACUGCCCUCUAAACGUCAGAGCGCACGGAGCUAUAAAUCUCUCCAAGCAGCCCUGUGCGCCCGGCGCGGCGUAAUGCGCGGACAUCUGUCCUGCUUUGGUCCAAGAUGAGAACGACGCGUGUGGAUACAUGAAAACAAACUGACCUGGAGGGAAAUGGAGAUGAUUCACCCCGGCCCUUACUCCGUGCCACUGGGUGUUUUUAAAUACUAACGCAUUGUGGAUAUAAGGAGACAGGCUGGAUUUUUUUUACUCUGGAAAACAGAUCCACCUUUCGUGUUGGAGACACUGAUGUCUUCAUUGGACUCCUCUCACUCCGAGAUGGUGGACUUCUCUCGGAUUUCCAACGUGGAAACGUAGCAUCCAAUUAAUCAGCGACUGCAACUAGUUCUCCGUCAAGGGAAGCAGAGGCACUCGGUUCUUCAGCCACCAAGCUUGUGGACUCGAGUUCGGAGAGACGCGCGGUGUGGUCCGUGCGCUGGAUUUGCGCGCGCUAGCAGCUUGUUUCCCUCCCCCUCAGUGGGACUAAUUCCGUUUUGUGGGCAUUUUCUUCUAAAGGAUUCUAAAUUUGUGAUUUAUGCGGCCACGUCAACAGGGGACACCCGAUGAGGUUUCUGUUUGGAUUUUACCUCCAAGGCGGAUUUUAGGUCUGCAUGGGCCAUAUUUAAGGUGAGAGAUUCUCUAAUCGUGUGUGAUUUUACAGCGUAAAUAACCGUGGUCACCAGUGCGCAAAAGGCACAGCAGCUUCCUCCUGUAAGCGCAUUCUGAACAGCAUGCAGACUUUUUGCUUAUAAGUUUAAACCUAAAUUUGACCACGCAUAGAUGUCUCAACUCAGCGUGCCAUCAGACAGUCACGUAAGCUUUAGGAUUCACCAUCUGGCCAACUCACCAUUAUUUAGGGUCUUUGUGCCAAAAACGCUUUGGCGCGACGCAUUUUUGUGCGGGGCGCACCCUCUGCGCCUCAAUGCAGGCAGCUAUAGCUCCCCUUUUACCACAGCGACUUGAUAUUUAAAAAUCAGUCAGAGAAAAACGUAGUUAAUCACAAGUACGUUUCUGUUUAUUAUAUUUACGCGUCUUUACGCGCAAAUUUACGCAUGUUGUGUCUGUUUAAGGCUACUGUAAAACAUCCUUUUGUAUUUAAUCUGGCAUUUCUGGUGGGUUUACAGAGAUGUUUAUGUUUACAGCACACAGCAGACAGAGAGGAGCAAAGGCAUGAUGACUCAGUUAUUAAUACACAAUGAGCUGGGAUUUCUUCAUAGGAACUGAGUCUAAGAUGAAGUUAUGGGAUGUUCUGGCCACGUGUUUCUUGCUCCUGAGCUCUGUUGCUACAAGGCCUCUCUACCAAAACUCUCCCCCCACCAAGAGGACUCGCUCCCGUGAUUCUGUGUCCCUGUAUGUGGAAGAGCCAUCAUUCCAGCCUGAAGACCACAACCUGCAGGACAUCUCCAUGGAGGAUCAGUACGACACAGCGGGUCUCUACCCUGAGCAGUUUGAGGACGUGAUGAAUUUCAUCGAGGCCACAAUCGGCAGAUUGAGGAGAUCAUCCGAACCUGGCGAAAGCUCCAGGGGACGAAAGGAGCUGAGACCGAGAGGAGCGGCGAAAACGAGAGGCAUGAGAGGCGAGGGCAGAGGUCGCGCGGAGAAGAGGCGGGGUCGAGGUCGAAGUGGAAAAGGAGGUGGAGGGGAGAAGGGGAAGGAGAGGAUAUCUGUACAGACUCGAGGCUGCUUACUUAAGGAGGUUCACCUCAAUGUGACAGAUUUGGGGCUGGGGUACCAGACUAAAGAGGAGCUGAUUUUCCGGUACUGUAGCGGGCCCUGCGUCGAGGCUGAGACCAACUACGACAAGAUCCUAAACAACCUCACACACAACAAGAAGUUGGACAAGGACGCCCCUUCUCGCACCUGCUGUCGACCCAUUGCUUUUGACGAUGAUUUAUCAUUUCUGGAUGACAACGUGGUGUAUCACACGCUGAAAAAACAUUCGGCCAGGAAGUGUGGCUGUGUCUGAGGAGGUCACAUGACCGGCGGCAGCAGUAGCAGCUUCCCAAGCUGGUGCUUUAAUGUGAGGGAUCACUGUCAGACGUGCGUGUAGGAGGUCAAAGGAAGAGUGUUGUCUCACUUUGGUCAGUUUUCACCACGAGGACUCAGAGUGGAGUAUACGGAUUAAAAAAAACUUUGACAGUAAAUUUAAACUCCUUUGGAUAAAACACACACCUGCACAACUUUAUCAGGAACUUUUUUUCCAGAUUGCUAACUGCAUUGUCAAAAAAGGUGAGAGUGAAGAAAAAAAUUCCUUUUUUGAAGAGGAUUUUAUUCCCCUGGAACUCAUUUUUUCCAAAGCUGUCGGACUCCAAAGAUUUGAGGAUCUUGGCUGAAGUCUAAAUCAAUUCCACUCCAUAGAUGUUGACAUUUACGUCCAGAGCUGGGGAAAUUCACUGGAGGGGACGACGACCGUGCAAACAUACACAUCACACCAAUCACCGAGCAGCGCAGUUAUAAAUAUAUAUAUUAAAAGUAAAAAGUAUGUAUUAGAGGUAUAUUUAUUAAGACGGAAUUAACUUAUUGUUAUUUAUUUCAAUCCAUUUUAUAAAAGAAAUAGUCUUUUUUUUCCUCCUUAUUUAUUUAAUAGCUUCGCUUGUCCUAGAUUGUGCCAAAGUGGAGCUUCUUUUUAAACAAAACAUUUUAGGGCAACUCAGAUCUGUUAGAAACCCAUUUAAACGCUUUGUCCAUAUUUAGAGUCCACAGGUUUCCAUUCAAGCAUUCGAGUCAUCACCAUUAGCCACCGGUGUGACGUAGGCAUCAAGAAAGGGCAAAGAAGGGGACCAAUGGAUGGUUUGUGAUGGAGUAAAUUGGUUGUCUUGAAGAUUUUUUAGCAGAAUGGGCCAUGCUUCCACUACAAGGGUUCCGGGAUAUUUCUGGGAGGGGAGAAAAUUUAUCGGAAGAUAAGUUGGCUAGGCUCUCUCAGCUGCUGGGCUGUAAAACCAUAAAAAUCAGCCCUUUCAGGACGUUGCUAAAGCCUAAUUUAUACUUCUCCGUCUGCGUCGGUACAGACGCACGCAACACCGUUAUCCAUCCUUUCGAGGGCUCUCCAGCAGGCUUUCAAGAGCGGACUGAGUCGAGCUCUCUUUUCUAAACAUCCGUCCAACAUGACAGAGAAUGCAAGCUUGUGAUAGGUCAGGAUGCUGCUGUCAUCAACGCCGCCAUUGUGCCCUCAAAAACAUAGAGAGCCGAAGGUAUCUUUCGACAGACAUGGAGAUGCUUGAAGAAUACCUCGUGGAAAAACUCUAAAAACAUGAACGUUUUAUUCCCACGUGACUGGAGGAGUGAAAAGAUACGCAGCAAGCAUUUUAUUCAUGGACAGAAAUGAGGGGAAAUGUGGGUUUAGAGGUGGCGAGUGCAUAAAGAGGUGGAGGAGAAUGUGAGACAAAUUUGUCCGCGUUAAAAAGUCUCUGAAAAACAAAAAAAUUAAAAAUAAACCACUAUAUAAACACACUAUCUUGGACCGGAUAUAGAUAGACAAGAUACCACAGAACAGCACUACACCCCCUGUUGUCCUGGCGGGGAAUUGCAUUUGCAACACUCCGCUGGAGACGAAGUCUGAGAGCUAAGCAUCUCUGUCCGUGCGUGUCUCUCUCUCGUGGAGCAGACGGAGAAAUAUAAAUUAGGUUUAAGACGUCAGCAUAUCCCAACCGUUUAGGUAGUGAGUGACGUAACUGAUCAGAGCCAAAAGGCAUUUGCAGACAUUAAAAACAUUUAAACUUCUUUUAUUUUUUGAAGUACAGCAUAACUUACUGAAGUUGGAGGAUUGGGAGAGCAGCUAUGUGAUUAAAAAUGUGGUGUUCAAUGACCAGAAGAAGCUCUGUUUUUUACGGUGCUCUGUGAGCCAACAAAGCAUCGUGAAUUAUGUCGUUUAGCUGCAUUUUAUGGAGCUGGGAGUUAAAGGUGAUGAAUACUCGUUUAAUCAAUGCAUAUGCAGUGGUCUCUAGUAGGAAUGGAUGCCUUGGAGAUCGAACGUGGAGUGGGGGUGGGAUUCCAGUGCACCAUUUUGUUGAACUAGAAGUAUUCCACACCUUUAGUAACAUUAAUUUUAAAGCAGCGAGAACAUUGUUUAUUUUCUUUUUCUUUUAUUCCACUCCACCAGCAACUCUCAAUUUAAAAAUGCCAGUUGUUUUGGGCGACCUCUGCCUACUGAGUUACAACCAGUCGGCGGGGCUUAACCACAAGUUCCACUCAGCAAGUCUACCGGGACAUUCCAAGUACCUACCCAGGAACUCAGUCAGUUCUUUAAAAAUGGCUUGGAAAAUGGUCCUUUUGCCACAGAGUUUUGGUAAAUUUUCCCAGAGUUCCAAUAGUGGAAAUGGGCCAGUGGUUUGAGAUCUGUGUUCUCCUACGACUGCACCAGACUCCUUUGUUUCUAUUCAUAAUGAUCAGCGUUUACAAAGAAGCAAACAAUUCCUCUCUUCAAGGCAGUUUUCAUAUUAGUAACUCUACCAGGAACUCCUUCUACACUGUAAGAAAUCAAACGUGGAAUUUACUCAACCAAAUUAAGUACACUAGUUCCACUAAACCUAGCUGUUUAAAUGUAAAGAGUUAUAGUUUAUGGGGUCAUUACCUUCCCAGUGGUAUGGUUGUCCACCCUGGGACUAAGAGAUCAGGGUUCAAGAUCCUGUUGGGUGGUACCAAAGACUUUAAAAAUGGGACCCAGUGCAGCUCUGCUUAGCACCCAGCUUUAAGUGGUUGGAUUGGGGGGUCAAACCACCAAAUAGCUCCCGAGCGCAGCUGUGUCUGCAGCUCACUGCUCCCCAUGGGGAUGAGUCAGAUGUGGAGAUGUAAUUUCACCCGUGUGUGACGAUGACUGAGGGUACAUUGUUAUACUAAAAGAAAAUGUAUAGUACUCUUUACAUUUAAACAAUUAGAUUCAGUGAAACCAGUUGACAAAACUUGGUUAAGCAAAUUCCACUUUUCAUUUCUUAGAGUGUACGAUCAGCUCAGCACUGGGCUCACACGAAUCCAACGGUGCCUUUGAGGAUCAGGUUUUUAUCUUUUGGACAGAAGCUGCUAGAAUGCUUGCCAGUCAGCGUUAGUAAGCGAUCUGAAACAUAAUUCUGGCCUUUCACCGGUCUGAGCAGUGCGGUUGCGGUCCCAGUGAGCUCUCCAGACCGCCUACGUUUUCUGUCUGUGCUCUGACUGGCAGGUCUGAUUCCCCUCAAAGGGGGAAUUGAAAGUGAUCCUCCAACAUGAGUCUUAACCAGAAAAAAUCCCCGCCGGCAAAGACAGUUUAAGGAAGAUCUAGCUACAGUAGCGCCUGUCAUCCUGCAAAUCAUGUAAAUAUCCAAAGACGCGCAAAAGAGCGUAUUUUGGAAAAAAUAAUUGGAUUGAGGGACAAUGAACCAGGCCUGUCACGCUUUUCUGCUUGUAACAACUCGUCCAACUGAUUUUAUUAAACUACAAAACAAACGUGGAGAAUGGAAAGAGGGAGUUGCUUCUCCCCCAGCGAGGCGAGGGGGACUUUAGGAGUGGAAACAAAGAGAGCCCUGGUGUAGGUCUUGAUGUUAGCGCGGAUUAGGGACCAAGGUAUCUGAACCCACCCAGCAGCAAAGCAAGAGAGCCAGCUUUACAGUGUAAUCCCCCAACACAGAACAAAUCCACUGCAUCAACAUGAAUUUAGGCCAAAUGCACAGAAUAAAGAACAUAUAACUGCAGCUUUUAUCUCUGAAUACCUCAUCGAUUGAAUCCUGUUUGGACGACUUAUCCGUUCCAUGGAAGAAAGUAAAGAUUUCUCGUAUAAGCAUCUUCAUUAUUGUUUGCCUGCUAGUUAGAUGCAAAUAAAUGAAUAAAUAAGAAUAAACCUGCAGUGUUAAUAUUAUCACAAGAAGGAAAUGCAUUUGUUGUCUCUCUGUUGUGGAAAAACUGUGUUGUCUCACCUGUUCUGUGUUACAAAACCAAAGCUCUCUGCAAACUUUAUUUUUGUACAAUAUUCAUUUUAUAUCUUUUUACAGAAUUAAACUUGUUUCUAUUAAAUGAA